AUGCUUGAUUCUUGUUUAGUGGUCCUACCCCUGAUAGUUUUCUUCGUUGGUGUAGAUAUGCAAUUCAUAUUUCCAGAAGUAAAGCUUAAGGAGGUUGCUAACACAUGUUUCCAUCAUCACCCGGAAGUUGUGGAAAUUGUAGGGUAUCGUGGUCAUCAAAGUGUUGUCAAAAUCGUCAUGUUCUUGAUAAAGAUUGCUGUUUCUCUUAAGAAAAUUGUGAUAAAUACUGUCCGACAAUUAUUUUGUGGGGAAUCAGUGGAUGAGAGUGAGGAAGAGGUGGAGGAAGAGGAUGCAGGACAGCAACCUUUGCACGAGCUUAAAUGGGAAUUGCAUGCUGCUAUAAGUUCUGUUUGGCAAAUAUAUCGUACAUGA